AUGCCACCUAAAAAUACCUUAACUGAUGUUCAAAAACUUGAAUUUUGUCGUUUUGCCAAUGAAAAUAAAAUGACUCGAAAAAAACAGCUUACUGCUGAAAUUAAUAACCCAAACAAAAGGCGAAAUAGAUCUGUUACUGUUCCUCAGUUUGAACUAGCCCUUAAAGAAUUCAUAUUAACUUAUCAGCAUCAAAAUAGUCAAGAGAUCGAAGAAACUGAUGAACUGCUGAAUCUUUCAGAUUCGAUUGAAAAUCUUAAUUUACCUAAUUCAAUGAAAGUAGAUGAUUUCCUAGCUAUUCCAGAAGAAGAAGUUGUUUGUGAAAUUCUUGAUGAAAACUCUCUAAUGGUCAAAAUUAUUGAAAUAUUUAAAGAAAAACCUGAAGAAUCUGAUAAUGAAGAUUCUGAUGAAGCAGAUGACAGUGUUGAAACAACAAUUAUAAACACAAGCGAGGCACUAAAAAGCUUAGAAGUAAUGUGUAUAUUUUUACUCCAGCAAGAAGAAUCGG